CUUGUGCUUGAUAAUUUCAUACGUAAUUCAGGGGUGGUGUUGCUGCAGAAAUGCUUCGGUGACGGAUAUGGUUGCUUGACCACCCUUCAUUAAUUCAUCUUCUCUCGAUCACGACUGCAUUGACGGUGCUCGACGAAAUGCUCCAGAGACGUUCAUUUUUCACUUUGUCGAGUGCUAUGCUUUUUGCUAACUGUUGACCUUUUCCUUCCAAAUUGUUGAUGUAACCUGCAUAAUUAUGGCGAUUUUAGGCUGAGGAAGUAAAUCACGAGGAAAUCAUAUCGAAUCUAGUCCUGACUUAGGAUCAUUUGCAGCCCGUGACCUUGUGUUGAAUCAUAUCAGGCUAAGAUUAGUAACUAUAAACGGUCUUAACUAGUUGGUUUGUAACGUGAGUCGUAGCUCAACUCUCCAGUUGCGAGGGAUACGGUGCAAAAAAGAUUACUCUACUGUCAGCCAACAGGAGCAAGAAAAUCCUGAAACUCAUGCUAGCCCUGGCUUUUGGGCCAAGCAGCCGGUGCAUUCAAGGGAUCCAUCGUCGAGCACAUGCUAUAUCUUCAUUGUUCACUCAGCUUCCUUUUAGUUAUCGCAGCUUCCUUUGCACUGAAGCUACUGAGAGGUCUCCGGGAGGAAAUCUGCCAGUAAAAGCAGAAGCAGAAUGCCUUUGUUAUAGAAUCGAGAAGCUGCCUAGAGGACAGCCAAUUGGAUGUGCAUUCCAGAGUUGGAUGGGGGACGGUUUCCCCAUUCAUAGAGGAGAAAUAUAUCAUGCUAUUAAUCGUUUGAGGAAGCUGAAGAUGAACAAGCGUGCUCUUGAGAUGAUGGAAUGGGUUAUUCGCGAGAGACCAUAUAGGCCAAAUGAACUGGAGUACUCUUAUCUGUUGGAAUUCACGACAAGGUUUCAUGGGAUAUCAAGAGGUGAGAGUCUUUUCUCUCGAAUUCCAAUGGAGUUUCAGAAUGAGCUGGUUUACAACAAUUUUGUGAUUAUCUGCUUAGAGAAAGGUGUUGUAAGGCUUUCAUUAACGUACAUGAAGAAAAUGAGGGAGCUAGGUUAUGCUAUCUCACACUUGGUUUUCAACCGCCUCAUUGUUCUCCAUUCCUCCCCCGGCCGCAGGAAAAUGAUCCCAAAGAUCCUAACUCAAAUGAAGGCCGAUAAGGUGGGCCCACAUGUGUCCACGUACAACAUUCUUAUGAAAAUAGAGGCUAAUGAACAUAACAUCGAAGGUCUGGUCAAGGUAUACGGCGAGAUGCAUCGAAAGAAAGUUGAGCCGAACGAGGUGUCUUAUUGCAUGCUAGCUAUUGCACAUGCUGUGGCGAGGUUAUACACUGCUGCUGAGGCCUAUGUUGAGUCUAUAGAGAAAUCUGCUACAGGAAGUAACUGGUCUACACUAGAUCUCCUUCUCAUAUUGUAUGGAUAUCUUGGGAAGGAUAAGGAGCUGGAAAGAACUUGGUGUGUUGUGAAAUAUCUUCCCCAUGUUAGAUCAAAGAGUUAUAUGUUGGCUAUUGAAGCAUUCGGUAGGAUUGGACAACUUUCUCGAGCUGAGGAGCUCUGGUCAGAGAUGAAGUCGACGAAAGAGUUGAAAUCAACAGAGCAAUACAACUCUCUCAUGUCUGUGUAUUGCAAGCACAGCUCCGUUAAUAAAGCUUCUGCUCUAUUCAAAGAGAUGGUCGCGAAUGGGUGCAAGCCGAAUGCCAUUACUUACCGCCAUCUCGGGUUAGGUUGUAUGAAAGCGAAUUUAGUAAACGAAGCCCUGAGGACUCUGGAAAAGGGUUCACGGUCGCCAACAAGCGCAAGGGUGAGGAAAUCCACCCCGUGGUUGGAGACCACGCUAUCUAUAGUCGAGAUAUUCGCGGAGAAGGGCGACGUCAUCAAUGCGGAGAAGUAUUUCGAGGAGCUUGCUCAAGCGAAAUACACCCGCUAUACCUUCGUGUACAACACAUUGAUAAAGGCUUAUCUGAGGGCCAAGGCUUGUGAUCCCAACCUCCUGAGAAGAAUGAUCCUAGGAGGCGCGAGGCCGGACGCCGAGACAUAUAGCUUGAUUAAGCUCGCCGAGCAGCACCAGCGAUAAUUCCGUCCGUUCUAAUUUAACCUUUGUUUAGUUGAUGCUAUCGUGUAUUUUCUGUGAAAACAAGGAGCCCGCCAUUCUUAAAGAAAGUAAUUGAUUUACGCAUUGGAAGUUUCUCAGAUGAAAAUAUGCUCUACCUAAAUUUCCCA